UCGAGGCUAAGUAUAUAUAGGAUCACUCCUCAGUACAGUACUACUAUACACUGGAGUGAUACUCUGAGCUAGGUAUAGAAUAUAAUUAUUAUAAUUAUAGGAUGCAUAAACAUUAUUAUAGAUAGUUGUGUGAAAGUCUGCAGUAUCAGAGAUUUUAGUACAGUAGUUUGAGUACAAGUAGAGCUGCAUGCAAUCCGGCAGUGCCCCUGCAUGAUAUGUGCGAAUGUGUGCAUUGAGAGGCCCUGGUUCAUCGAACUGUUCCAUUACCACCUCAGUCUUUACAGGGAAAUGAGUGAUAGAUCUACCAUAGGCAUAGAAAGAUCUACAAACAAAAGCGAGAGUGAUUUGGAGAAGCUUAUUCCCCACCUAAUCAAGGAUAAUGAGCAGAUUCUUUCUCUACUCAAAACUGUACCUCAAAGAUCGCUGCAUCCAAGCUUGGAGAGGUUUCAGAUGUAUAGGAAUGCACUACAAGUAUAUAGAGUUGCAAGAGGCAGCGAAAAACUCCCAGUUGAACUUAAGCAAAAUUUGGAUGCCAAUAGAAGACUCAAGCAAAGAAUUUAUCAGAUAGUCUUUGAAGUUUUGCAUCAUCAAGAGGUGUUAAUUGAGAUACUCGUAGAAAGCAGAUUCUUUGCAAGCAACUUGGAACUUCGUAACCAUGAAGAUCUCGUGUCGAUAAUGGCUUACGAUUUUCAAAGUGAAAAAUUUUCCCUAAGACUUCCGACACAUGGAAUCCAUACGCUUCCACCUGAAGUUAUCCAAGUGGCUGAAUCUUUGUGGGCACACAAAGUGAAGCUGGGAGCUACUCUUUCACGGAUGAGAGUCAAGCAGAAUGCUAAGUCUAUUACCCAAUUGAUUCCAGACCACAGUGUACAGAGGAAAUUUGAGUAUGCAGAAGCUUCUCUCUGUGCAGCAAGAGUUAAUCUUCUGAAAGUAAAAAUUAAAGAUGUCAUCUCGAGGCUACUGAGAGACAGUGUCAAUCUUGUCCACACUAAAGACGAAUUAUUGCUUGGAAUGUCGUUUUAUCAGGCCAAAACAGAUCUGCUCGUAUUUUCAAGUGAUUUUCGACCUCACUUAUAUUCACAUCAACUUGUUGCUGAGAGCUUCCUACUUCUUCAGGAUCUUUCAAGCUACUAUUACGUUGAUCAAGCCAUACAAACGUCUAUUGGUGGUGACGUUAUUUUUACAGAAUGUCACUCUGGUACUGAGGUACUUCAUGCUGCUAGCAUAUUGGGUGAUAAAGGUACAGUAAAAGUUUUUAGUGUGCCUUGUGAGAUUGUGGAUGGGCUCACUUCCAAGCUUCGAAACCUGGGACUUCACAAUGUGCAAUUAAUUAGUACCCCUUUCUCAGAAUCAUGUUCGUCUGAUGUGACAUUAUCCAAUGUUAAGCUAGUCAUGUGUGCCCUACCUAUUGCACAGUGUAGCACCUUGGUGCACCCAGUGGACCAUGUACUACAGGAAGGUGAACAUAAUUUGUCCUGGCUUUCCCCUACAUGUAGCCGUUCUACUAACCUGACAAACACUUUGGGAGACACGCUUACACACGCGUUGCAAUUUGAGCAAGCUGAACGCAUAGUUCUAUUGAGUAGCAUUGAUGAUGAUGUGAACCCCAUUAUGCGAGAUGUCUUCGAGAAAAAUAGAACAUUCAGUCUCUAUCAAACAGGCCACACUGUUAUAAACGAGGAGGAAAGGACCGUCUACACAAGCAGUUACACCAUCACAGUUCUCACCAAAAAGCACUUAGAACCACGCCGUUCAAACGCUGUGCUGAGUAGGGCAGUGGCAAAAGGUCUACUUGACACAUCCUGUCUAGGAGACGAGUUCAUCACACCCCAAAAACGUGUACCAAGCAAGAAAAAACCAAAGGAGAGAAAGACAAAACGAUCUAAGAUUAAUGCCCUGCAUCAAGGCAUUCCAUUGACCCCCUCAUCAUCAGAAAUGGGAGUUGUCAAGAAGUAA